GCCGCACAGAAGAUCGACGACACCGUGGGAAAGAUCGCGAUGAGAUCGUCGGUGGUUUUCGGGGAACGUUCGAUGUAUGUCGUUGUUUUGGUAGCGCUGGCCUAUGUGAGAUUGGGGUAUGCCGUUGUUGACCUGAUGGGAGCAGACAUUCCAAAUUUUAGUGGUCCAAUUAUGAAUGUGACAAUACCGCUGGGACGAGAAGCUGUCUUAGAAUGUGGUGUGGAUAGCCUGUCUGUUUAUAAGGUCGCCUGGCUGAGAGUGGACACGCAGACUAUCUUGACCAUUCAUAGUCACGUUAUCACGAAAAACCAUCGCAUCGCCGUAACGCAGGCGGAGCGCAGGAGCUGGUAUCUGCACAUUCGUGACGUCAGGGAGUCGGAUAAGGGCUGGUACAUGUGUCAGAUCAACACGGACCCGAUGAAGAGCCAAGUGGGCUAUCUGAACGUUGUUGUACCACCGGACAUUCUAGACUACCCUACUAGUGCGGACAUGGUGGCAAGAGAAGGUUCUAGCAUAAGUCUCAGGUGUGCCGCCACUGGUUCUCCCGAACCUUCAGUGACGUGGAGACGUGAAGGAGGUGAACUAAUACCCAUUGGAAACGGAUUAGAAGCAGCGAGUUUUGAUGGUCCUGUUCUCAACAUAAGCAAGGUGAAUCGCUUGCAAAUGGGACCAUACCUUUGCAUAGCUUCAAAUGGAGUACCACCAUCUGUCAGCAAGAGAAUCAUGUUAAUCGUACAUUUUGCCCCAAUGAUCUGGAUCCAGAAUCAGCUGGUGGGGGCCAUGGAGGGCCAGCAAAUCACUCUGGAGUGUCAUUCGGAGGCCUAUCCCAAAUCGAUUAACUACUGGACCAAAGACGAUGGACACAUCAUUUCACAAGGAACAAAAUACGAACCUACGAUUGCAGACAAUGCCUACAAAGUCCACAUGAAGCUGGUUAUUAGAAAAGUGAGUCAAUCAGAUUAUGGAUCCUACAAAUGCGUGGCCAAGAAUUCUUUAGGAGAGACGGAUGGAACUAUCAAACUCUAUCAUAUACCUAGCCCAUCAACUGUACGACCUACAACAUUAUCAACAGCACCAACUGUUCAUUUAGUUACACUGAAAGAUGCAGUUAGACAACAAAAGCAUGCCAUCGACAAAACCUCUAAAAACGCAGACGAGAAUCGAAAACACGCAGAAAAUGAAAAUUCAAAUAUCCUGGAUUACAAAAAAACGGACGUAGAAGAAUUAAAUCAAGACCAAAGUUCACAACUGGCAUCAAAUUGCCCUCCUGUAUGUAUAGAUAUCUUCAUUACUAUAGUGGUAUGUCGGAUGUUUUUAAUGUUAUGUAAUAUUAUAUGCUAAUUUUCUAACUCAAACCAUUUUUUAAAAUUUGUAAACACAUAAUUUUUUAUGUUUUGUGGGA